AUGACGCAGGAUGUCAUAGAUUGGGAAAAUUAUGAAGACUUUAGCUUCAACUGUGACAAGUCCGAUGCGUUAAACAAUAGCGACUCCUUGAGCUUUGAUACUACGUCUGCUGAUCCAGACACCUCGCUGGCGGAUGCGAAUCGAUUGACGGAUGACUCGAGAGUCAAGCGAGUUUAUUAUUCGCGGUACACAGGCGACGCAGAGACGGGGGGUAGCCACACAGCUCAGCUCACCGAGGUCCACAAUGGAAGUGGUGAACUCUUCAAGUGGCUGCAUAUUCAACAAGACGUCAUGAACUUUGACGAAUUCUGGACCGAAAUUCCACGCCGAGUACAUGUGUCAGAUACAGAAAGGCGAGCCAUGAACCGGCUUCGUGCUGAUGUUACCCGAUUGUGCGUCAAAUCGCGGUCCAAUCCCAAAGGUGUGAAUGUCGGCUACAUGGAGCCUCAGUUUCUGCAGACACCACUUGAAUCCCGAAAGAAAAAGCUCGACGUUGAUCGAGACGAGUCUUUACCUAUGAUGGUCCGAUGGCUGUGCAUGCCAUUCUUCAUACUGAAGCAAUACUCCGGGCUUCUGGCAGGCUCGAAUCUGGCAUCGUUUCCUUCUCAGACAUUGCUGCAAGCCCAAUACUCCAGAACUACACAACAGAGAGACAUGGGACAAGCAGUCUGCGAAUUGGGGAUUGCAAACAAGGGAGAAUGCUUUCACAUUGAGCAACUGUGGUGCUUGGUGCUUGGAGACAGUCUACUUGUGACAUGCGGCAAUAUGCCGCGAGCGAGGCUUGAGGGCGAUGUAAUCAGACUUAUUUCUGAACCGUCUCGGGGACUCUCGGCCGCUUCAGCCACGGGUCAGAUCCUUGUCAAGUACGGAAACUCCUUGACGUGGACUUUUAGCCCUGAACAGUGUCCUACAUGGUUUGAUUUCAUUGCUCAAUUUACGGCUUUUUGGCCCAUGGCGCUGGAAUUUAAAAAAGAAGACACUGUUUUGACUGCCAGAGACUGGCCUAAGCUCCUCAAGUUUUUGAGUGUUAAGCGGCAUAGGAAUGUGGUGUUGACGUUGAUAACAGAUCGCGAUAUCCCUAUAGCUUCACGAGCUUUGCCAACAGCAGAGGAGGAGGCGAUGAAUGCAAACACAAUCAAAAGUGGCGCGCCGUUACACACACUGGCACUUAUGAUCCAAAGCAGCGAAAAAGAAGAGAAGCUGCCUGCUAUACAAUCCGAACUCAAGUUGCAAUUGGAAGCUGCUGACAAGUUUUUGACGGAACAACCAGCAUACGCCACCCAAGCUGCCUACAGCGACUGUACAGACGUCUCGCACGGUACAGCAUUGGAAAAGUUGAAACUCGAAGGUGUCAAAGUGGUGGAUGAGAAGAAUGAUGCUCGCAAACGGGAAUACGAGGACGGGGUAGAGCUGUUCAAUAUGGCAGAGUCUCUGUUCCAGCUGUUCCUCCCGUUGACAUGCGAUGGGCCCACGACGGGCAAGUUUUGGGGCGCUAUCUCGGACUUGGCUUGCGCUUCUAGCAGACCUGACAAGGCCGCCGAAAUGACGGCCUCUCGUCGCGAGCGGCGCGACUUGGAGGCUUACCAGCAAAACGUUCUGAUGUCGUUGCGUUCGAUCUUCCCCAAGAUUAAAGCUUUCCAGGCCAUCAUGUCGCAUGUGCCGAAAGAGCAUCGCGUCAAGCUUGAGGCGCCGCGGCAGUUUGUCACAGCCUGGCUUCAUAUUGUCAGCGGCUUGGUUCUGUGUCGUGCUCGGGACAGUUCAUGGGAGUCACACAUUUCCAUUGCGGAAAGGCGGCUUUUGAGUGACGGAAUGGAUAUCAUGAUCCAGGCUCUUCCCGUGCACAACCUGCUGGACAGCGUCGUUUUGCAACCUUUUGAAAUCGCUUCCCUGGCUGUGCUUAAGCUGAUGCAAGACCGCACGUCGCAGCCCGACGACAUCAACGAGACGUAUUCACAGUACCUAGCAUCAUUGGACAAUGACAUUACGACAAAACCGUCCGAUAGAUCGUACCAGCACCGAAUCGAUCUUGUUCGGCGAGAACUCUCGGCCGUUCGCAGGACGGUGACUCGUCAGCGACACAUUAUCGCAACCAUGAGGCAAACCAUGUAUGCAAACGCAAUGACAGACUUCUUCCGAGCCGGUGAUGAUGACUACAUGCCUCGGGCAAGGCACGGCAAUUAUUCCAGACACACACGCAACGAGUACUACACGGAAGCCCGCAAAGAAGAAGACUAUACCAGUCUCGAUUACACUCUGAAGGUCUCCCCCACAGACAAGAAUGGCUUCCGCGGGUUGCUCUUGACGGAAAACUCGAGACAACUUGAUCAGCGCGACUUUGAGUUUAGACGGUACGUUGAAUACGUCGAUGACCUGGAACGGACCAUUGCCUUCAAGAUGGACUGGACCAAGGACCGACAGGAGAAUGCCGUGUAUGCGUUCACCAUUGUCACCAUCAUCUUCCUGCCGCUGAGCGCGGUGGCCGGCAUCUUUGGCAUGAACACGUCGGAUGUUCGGGACAUGGACUACAGCCAGUGGCUGUUUUGGGUGGUGGCGCUGCCCGUCACCUUUCUGGUGAUUGUGGUCGGGCUCUGGUGGAUGAAUGAGCUCGGCAACGUGAUGCGGUGGCUCACUGGGCAGCAGCCCAGCGCCGGCGCCUCGCCCAAGACAGGAUACGGGGGCGUGACAGCAGAACCGACCGAGAUUGUGUACUACUCGGACGUGGAAGAUGACAAGCCGAGGCGCUACAGCACGAGGCGGGCCUUGAGGGAGAACCCGUUUAGCCCGUACAGUAGCAGACGGCCGGAAAUGCGGCAACGACGAGUGCGGAUGCCGUGA